AUGACUAUCACCGCUCUGAAUCUCUCAACGCUAAAGAAAGUAAAGAACUCUGUAAUAGGCAACCCCACUGCCAAAGUUGCGUUGGCAGAGGAUGAAGCUUUCAUUAGAAUGCUUGUUGACUGUAUCAAUAACCCUCUGCCUUCACUAGAAGAGUCGCAAGGGUCGCAGGACGACAUUCGCAUAGAGGCUGCUCAUGUCAUCUCUUCGCUCUCAUACGGUUCCUCAUCCGCCCUGAGGGCUCUAUUGAGGUUCAAUGCGCACCGGUCGUUUAUUUUUGCUAUUUCAAACUUUCAGCCGUCCGGAUCCCUGAAAGCAAGCUAUGCUCGUGCGCUUCGGGCAUUGGCAGCUGCUAUUGCCGAGGAAGUUGGCCCAUCGAAGUGGGGACUUCGUUCUUCACCUUCCGUCCUACGGGAGGAAGCAAAGACUGCUCUAGAUUACCUCUUCCAGCUGGAAGUUAUGGAUAUCUAUCUACCACUCCUAGUUGAUCCCACUCCCCAGACAAGCACUUCAAUAGCGCAGCUGAUCGCCUCUGCAGUUCGGACGCAGGAGCAUCGGACAGCUGUUUCUGACUGGCUGCCCCCAGCAGAGCGUAUCAAGGAAGUCAAGGGGAAACGUGGCUGGGAGAAAGCAGUGGGUCCUGCUUCUCCCAGCAAAGACGGUGGGUGGGUCACACGGAACCUGACAACUCUGUUGUUGAGUCGCGAUACGAAGUUCCAAGAGGCUGCCCUAUAUGCGCUCGCUGCUCUCGCCGAGAAUAACCCAGCGGUAGCCACCACCUUUGCUCAUGCACCCCCAGAUCGAGAAGCAACCUUAGCACAUGUUCUCUCACUAUGCAGAUCUCGAUCCACUGAGUUGCAAUUAGCAGCUUGCCUCUGCGCGACGAAUAUUUCCCGAGCUGGAUAUCCGAACCCCCCUUUGGCUUCGGAUAACUCCCCUGCCUUGACCGUCAUGCAUGUCAUAAACCGUAUCAUUGCAUCGGACAACGAGAGGUCCCGAAUACGCACGAAGGCCUGCUUUAUAUUGUAUAAUCUCGUUUCAGAUCACAAGGAGCUCUGUAAGCUCGCUUUCGACCGUGGUACCCUCAGUAAGCUAGCCUGUCUCGUCAAGUCAAUCACGCCGAUUGAGCAAACGGUUGAGUGGGAAGAAGAUGAACCAGAGAGUAUAUCGUGCCUUCGAGAGGCAGCUCUGACAGCUAUAGCCGCGAUUUCACUCUUCGAUGAUGAUAUCCGAGGCGAUGUGACAGAUAAGCUCAAGCUGAUACCCUCAAUACAAACAUCACUCUCGCAUCAGCAUGUUGGUGUCCGCUAUGCUGCAUGUCAGUGCGUGCGCGCAUUGAGCCGUUCAGUGGCAGUCCUGCGCACGAACAUAGUCGAUACAGGGCUGGGCAUGGCAGUCUACCAGUUGUUCCAGAAGCAGGACGAAGAUCGACGUGUAACAUACGCUGCAUCUGCAGUGAUAUGUAACCUCGCGAACGACUGUUCUCCUCUGCGCACAGUGCUAUUGGAGCAGGGUGUAGUGAAUAGACUUGUGCAGUUGCUGAAUUCGGGAGAUUCUGGACUCAGAUUGAAUGCGCUCUGGGCGAUCAAAAAUCUGUUGUACAAGAGUUCGUUGGACGUGAAGCGGCAGGUGAUGGACGGGAUUGGGUGGCAUGAGUUGGCUGAACUUUUGACCGAUCCAGAUAUUGGUGUACAGGAGCAGGCGUUUCACGUCGUACGGCACAUCGCUGAAGGAGCCGACGACGUGGACAUGGUCUUCAAUCAACUUGGGACUGAGGUGUUGCUUGGCUUCUUGUCAAUCGCAAUGGACUCCCAGAACGAAGACAUUGUACACCAGGCUGUUUGCGUCCUCGCGAAUCUGGCCAACAGCCCACUCCACCAGAAUAGCAUUCUCGCUCACUCACGGAUCCUUGGAUCGCUUAAAUCCUGCCUCGUCGAUGCGAAAGUGGGGAUCCGUCGACCAGCCAUCGCGUGCGUACUCGAGCUGGUGCGGGCGAACCCUCAUAGCCACCAGGCACUGCACGAGGCGGGCAUCGACUCCACGCUCCGCCACAUGUGUGAAUAUAAUGGCGGCAUGGGCGGGAGCCCGACGAGGAGGUUCUCUAUUGGGUUGCAGAUGGGCGCGGAGGAUGACUGGGAGGUGAAGGAGAAGGCGCGCGACGCAUUACAUUGGCUCGAGCACAACGUCGAGAUGGGUGUUUGA